AUGGACGGUAUUUCUAAAAAGUUAAGUAAUUUGGGUAUUCAUGAUAUUCGUAAUGCGGCUAGAUUUGCUCAGAAUAUGAUUGUACAGUAUGAACCAUAUCAAAUAGAUAUUAGAAGAGCAACAAAUACAGAUGCCUGGGGUCCAACACCAAAACAUUUAUCCAAGAUCAUGCGUAACAAGUUUCAAGUUCCGAUGUAUUUAAUUACCGAAUAUGUUUUAAAAAGAUUAAUUGAUCAUAUGGCCACCAGAUCCAAAAACCUAUAUGAAAAAGCACGUAAACAAUACGUAAAUUACGGUAAUGAAUGGAGAGUUGUUUUAAAAUGUUUAAUUGUUAUCGAAUAUUUGCUAUUGAACACCGAUACUAAACAAGAAGUGGAUCAGGUCAAAAAUUGUUGUUUAACUCAUAAGCAUAUUUUGUCAAGGGAAGUUAUGAAUUAUAAAAUUGAUUUUAGUAACGAUGGCAAAAUGGAAAUACAUGAGCGCGGUAUUAAAAAGAAAUGUGAGACCAUCAUACAAUAUUUAGAAGAUCCUCAAUUUUUGAAAAAGGAACGUAUUAAAACAAAGAAAAAUGCAGUCAAAGUUUUACAAGGAGGAAGCCUUUCUAGCAGUAGUCCAUCAUAUGAUCCUGAUCAAGUCUACGGCUCAUAUGACGAUAGCGAUGAAGAGUAUACUGAUGCAAGAAACGUAGGAAAUACUAACGGUCAUAAAUUACAUGAUGAUGAUGUUGUUGAUGAUGAUGAUGAUGAAUUUGGUCAAUAUCAAAAUAAUAACAGUGCAAAGACUAGUGGUACAAGCAAUAGCAUUCCUAGAAGAAAUGGAUCUAUUGUCGAUAAACAACGUAAACAAAGAAGAGAGAUAUUAAAACAACAAAUUAAACAGUCCGAACAAAGAAGGAAGCAGCAACAACAACAGCAAAAUAAUAAUAUUCCAGCCAAUAAUAACAGUGAACCUUUAGUUGAUUUAUUGGAUUUUGGUGGGGAAGAGACACCCGCAACUCCCACGACUAAUACUUCCUUAACACAUGAAAAGAACGUUUGGGCUAAUAAUAAUAGUGAUGAUGAUGAUGAUGAUUUUGGUGAUUUCCAGGGUGAAAAUACUACCGGUUAUACAAGUAAUAAUACAAUUGAUAUCUUUGGUACUAGUAAUACUACUGCUAGUAGUGGUUCUGCUACAAAAGACAAUGACUUGUUAAGCUUGGAUGCUUUAUCAGGUAAUACAAAUAACAUUACUACUUCCAUUAAUAACAAUACUACUUCCAAGAAAGAUGAUUUAUUUGAUGAUUUAUUUUCCUACUCCAAAAGUCAUGUUUAA